AUGGCCGGCAACACGGCUACCCUCGCGGAUGACUUCAACUCCUCCGACAUCGAGAUUCCGGAACGACAAGAUGAGUACGCACAUCUAGGCGGCGACUCAUUGCACCGGGCCCUCGCCCGAGCAGCAGAAGAUCGCGUCUCGAGCAAAAUUGCGUACAAACAGCGACCCAUCUACUACGGUUCCCCCAGGACGAAGAACGCGCAGGCCGUUUGGCGUAACCGAUUCCUUGGGUUCUUGAAGGACAGUCUGAACGUUGCACCAGACCAGAUGCCUACGAGCGAGCACAUUAUACGCUUCGCCUACGCAUACCCGAAGUACAUCGAAGGCCGCGGCCCCUCUGGAAUCAUGGCCUACUCAAGCCUCUCUGAUGGCAUUGCCCUGAUCAUCAUCACCACGCAAGCCGCGCAUCCCGAGUUCAAGAUCAAACCAGGAGAAGCCACCCAGAUCAAGGCUGCAUUCGGCGAAAUGCUUGAACAGGGUCAUAUAACUAAAGACGAGAGUAGGGAGAAGAAAUGGAUGAGUGGACGCCUCGUGUUGUUCAUCGCCACCGCGUGGCUCCGCGAUGCUGCCAUGAACGGAUGCCGGGCUAGGUCGGGAGACCUUGCACAGUCGUCAUGCUACAAGGGCAGAGAGUAUGCCAAAUGGGGUGACUUCACCGUGAGGCUCGUCACGGAUCAAGCAGGAUUCGAAGCACUCGAUUGUCUCGUUGAACUCCGCUACACAAAAGGCAACAAGGAUAGUAGCAACAUCGCACACUCGAUUAAGCUAGAGCUGCUGCCGCCACAAUUCAACGUAUGCGAUCCCAUCAAGCUUCUCGUCGUAAUGGCCCUCCGGAGCGGCAAUGUCGCAGAAACCUCGAUCGAGUCUCUCCUGGCCACAACCCGUGCACGGCGAAACAAGACGAUGUUGUGGAAAGAUCCUACACUGCCCAUAUUGAGGGCGUCGAAUGCUGGUCAUGCCCUCACUUACGAUUCCCCGGCGCCAGAAUCGCAACUGCGCACGGUUCUACAGCGGGCUUCUUCCCUGGGAGGAUUGUUGACAACCCCAGGGACGCAUGACAUCCGCCGCGGUGUAGCCUUCGAGGCCCACCACUUGCCGUCCACCAAAGAAACCUCGAGCCACGAGCGUGCCAGAAGGUUGUUAGGUCACACGAAUUCAAUGGCCCAGUCAGGCGUCACCCAGGACUACAUAGGUGGUGCGGUAUCAGGUCUCAUGGAAGAGCGCUUACAGGCCGACUGGACGAAGAUGCCGGCAACAAGGCUUCACGAACAGUCACAACUAGAAUACAAGAAACCGAAAUUCAGCACGGAGGAGGUAGAAAAGUACCUCGGCAGCAAAGGGCCGGCGUCCCAGAAUGAUAAGAGGAGAGCAAGACGACACAUGGCAAAGGCUCAUCGUGACGAAUGGGUCAAGGCCAGCAGCCUGUCCGGAUUCAACCGCGUCGAUUCGGAAAAGGAGAACGAGGACUACAUCCCUAUAGAUCCACAGUUGACUCCGACCGUGUCAGCCCCGAAAAGGCGCAAGACGAACCCGCUGUCAGAAGCCGAUCAAAACGCCAUGACGCAUGCCCCAGCAUUCGAAGUCGACAUGGUGCAGAGCGAGAUCCCAGUAGAUCCGAUGUUGUCAGGCUUCGUGGAAAGCCUACUAUCAGAUAAAGUAUUCGACAUGAACAGUUACUCGGAAGACAUUUUCGAUCUCGAACCACUGGCCGCCGCAAACUCUCCCAAAGACCCGUAUGAAUCAACAUCCUCGAUUUCCACCGAGGAGGACCCCUUUACACUCUCGUGGAUCUCGUUCAUCGAACACUUCUCCAAGAUCAACAUCAGAUCAGCUCAGACUCUGGCAAUCAACGGAGGCAGCAAGGACUCUUCUAGCAUUUUUGGCAUGAGUUGCUCAAAAGGAUGCGGCUUCAGCGCAACAAUUAAUCAACGCAUGCAGGCGCACGAACUGUUUUGUAAAGGAAAACAAAAGUCGCAUGACAAGAAAGUUCCUUGCACAACAAGCGGCUGCGACAAAACGUUUACGGCUCUCAAGGGCAUGCAGGAACAUGUCCGUACAAUUCACAACUUCAAGCCUUCCCCCUGCACUCGCAAGGAUGAGUGCGACCAGACUAUAGUGUACCCGACUUACGCAGCGAGGCAGAAGCACUACCUGGCGACACAUUGCUCGUACAAGCCGAGAACCUGUCCGCGCUGUGUAGGUACUCCUAAGGAGCACAAGAAGCUCCCCCAGGAGCAAGAUUUCCGCGUCGAUAUGGCGAAGGUGCACGGGUUGUCCAUGGCGGAGGUGGACAAGGUGCUAGCGGAGAACCUUGCUCCCACUGAGGAAGAGACCCAGUAA